AUGCGUUUCGCACUCGCAGUCUUGUCCAUGGUUCUGCCAUUGGUCGUCGCGACCGACGAGGAGGUCUUCGGCAAGCACGAGACUUCCUUUGCGGAUCCCUUCACCGCGCUGCUCGAGCGCCGCAUCUGUCAAUCUGUGCCGGUCCGCUUGUACUCCUGCGAGGCGAGUUGCGGGACAGGCUACCGGUCAUGCGUAUACGACACCAUGUGCUUCAACCCGUCGGCGGGCGAGACGUGCUGCUCCACCGGACAAUAUUGUCGAUCGGGCACCUACUGCACAUCGGGCGGCUGCUGUCCCAACGGGCAGACCUGCCGCGGCAACGCCAUCGGCACAUUGCCGGGCUACCAACUCACGCCGACGACGACGACCGCGCGUGCGACGACCACGCGUGCAACGAUUGAUUACACGACUACGUCAACCCGGACUACCACCUUCACGACACCGACGACCACUUCGACCAGGACCACCACAGCGACGACGGCGACGACGACUUCCAGCACCAGCUCCUCGACCACCUCGACGACAGCCACCACGAGCAUCGCCUUGGGCACUGGCGGUGGUGGGGUCAUCGUGGGUCCUGCGACGGGCGCCGUCACGCCGACGACUGCGAGGCCGACGGUGGUGAACGUAGGUGGAGCGGAGGAGCUCGCAAGAAACACCUUUGGGGGUGCGUUGGCGGCGAUGGUGGUUGGGCUUUUGGCGCUUUGA